AUGGGAUUUUUUAUCCGAGAUCUGCACGAUCAUAUCACCAAACUUCAUCAGGAACAAUAUAUUGAAUAUGCACGUUUGAAAUCAUUGAUUGUCUAUUAUGGUCAAGGUUUAUCACAGACAAACUUUGAUCAAUUGAACAAGACCAAAGAUGGACUUUUAUCAUUUAGUAGUUUCUUAUUAACUAGUAAGGACCGUGAAAUAUCAUUCAAUUUUAUUAAUCAAACUAUUAAAACAUCUGAUCUCGUUGGUAUCUUGUUUGUCAUAAAAAUUGAUCCGUCCAUUGUGUCUACGCCAUUUGCUAAUGUACGUGACGUUAGUUAUUUUGAAGAAGAGGAAAUUCUCUUUUCUAUACCUUCCAUAUUUCGUAUUGGUAAAAUCCAACAAAUGGACAACGAUCGUCUUUGGCAAGUAGAUCUUAUACUAGUCACUGAAAACGAUCCGGAACUGCAUGCAUUGACUGAACAGAUGCACAAGGAUACUAAUCCAAAUUCGAACGGAUGGGAUCGUUUGGGUAUGUUACUAAUUAAACAGGAAGAGUUCAACAAAGCCGAAGAUGUAUAUGAUAUCUUGCUUGAUCAAACGACAACAGAUCGUGAAAAAGCAGAUAUUUAUAACCAGCUCGGAUUGGUCAAGGAGGGUCAAGGUCAAUAUCAAGAUGCCAUUGCCUAUUAUCAACAAUCAAGCACAAUCCUUCAGAAAAUUCUCCUUCCAACGGACGUUCGAUUAGCUGCUACUUAUAGUAAUAUUGGUUUGGUGUAUGAUAAGAUGGGUGACUAUUCGAAUGCACUUUCAUUUCAUCAAAAGGCACUCGAAAUCGACCAAAAAAAUCUUCCUUCAAAUCAUCCUGAUUUAGCUGCUUCUUACAGUAAUAUUGGUUUGGUCUAUGACAACAUGGGUGACUAUUCGAAUGCACUUUCAUUUCAUGAAAAAGCACUGGAAAUCUACCAAAAAACGGUUCCUUCAGAUCAUCUUGAUUUAGCUACUGCUUACAACAAUAUCGGCUGGGUUUAUAGAAACAUUGGUGAUUACUCGAAAGCACUUUCAUCUUAUGAACAUGCUCUUGAUAUUCUACAACGAUCACUACCUUCUGAUCAUCCUAAUCUUCAAGAUGUAAGAAAGAGUAUUAACAUUGUAAAAAAGAAAAUGUAA